UCCUCAAAUUUCUUCCUCAGACAGGAAGAGAGCUCGGGACAUGAUUAACACCUCAAACAGCUCAGCAAUGGAGAACGACCAUGAUGAUGUCGGCUACCCUGAUUAUGAUUAUUCAAACUACUCUUUUGGGAAUAUAAGUGACACAACAGACUUCGAUGAUUGGGAAUCUGGCUUGUGUGAACUCGGGGAGCAGCAGGAGUUCGCCAUCAAAAUGUUCCAGACUUGUGUUUUCUGCCUGAUCUUCCUGCUGGGCGUGGUGGGAAACUGCCUGGUGAUCGCCACCUUUGCUCAGUACCGCCGCCGCCGGCUUCGCUCCAUGACCGACAUCUUCCUGUUCCACCUGGCGCUGGCCGACCUGCUCCUGCUCCUCACGCUCCCAUUGCAGGCCGUCUACACUCACCUGGGUUGGAUCUUCUCCGUUGCUCUCUGCAGGGCCAUGCGUGCAUGCUACGCCAUCAACACAUACAGCGGGCUCCUGCUGCUGGCCUGCAUCAGCGUCGACCGCUACAUGGUGGUGGCGCGAGCCCAAGAGAUGCUCAGGCUGCGCACUCAGAUUCUAACAGGCGGGAAACUAGCCGCUGUAUGUGUGUGGCUUGUUGCGGCGCUCCUCAGCCUGCCGGAAAUCCUCUUCUCUGGGGUGUUGAAGGAAAGGAAUGAAUACUACUGCGGCAUGCUCAAGAGUGGAAGAGUGAAAAUGGCCACCAAUGCAGCCAUCAUUGCUGUCUUCUGCCUGUCCAUCCUCGUCAUGAUGACGUGCUACUCUUUGAUAGCUCGAGUGCUGUGGGAAGGGAGCGCACAUCGGCGGGGGAAGCAGUGGCAUCGGCAGCGCACCUUGAAGCUGAUGGUGGCUCUGGUGCUGGUCUUUCUGGUGUUCCAGCUGCCGUACACGGUGGUGCUGUCGUGUAAAAUAGCGGGGCAGUUCUGCGAUCUGCUGCUGGAGUACAUCACCUGCACUUUCGCGUACACCCGCUGUUGCCUCAACCCCAUCCUGUACGCCCUGGUGGGCGUGCGCUUCCGUACCGACGUGUUGAGGCUCAUCCAUGAUUUGGGCUUCCGGUGUGGGCUCCAGCUGGCGCCGCAGAGCGUGAACUCCACCUCCAUCUCCUCACCUGGUCAUGCAUCCAUCACAGUGCUCUCAGCUGGCUCUACAACAUCCCCCAGUUACCACGGCAACAACUCCCCACAUCCCAUCAAAUUUCAGUUUCCAGGAAGAAACAAGUGAUCUGUCAUGGAGUGGACUAUAAAGUUGCUCGUCUACUGCUGAAUUGUUUGCAUAUUUCCCAACAGUUUACAUAAUGUACAGUUAUUAUAACGAAAGGAACUGACAAAUUACAAGGAAUUGCAAAGAUAUGCGUAUAUAAUAUUACAUAUAAUCAUUAGUGCUGGUUUGAAAUGUGUCAAAACAAUCCGAACAUUUUUUUUAUCUCAAGCUGACCUUGAAAAAGUCAUCCAUGUUUUCAUCUCGGUUAUUGUAAUUCUCCAGGUCUGAAAAGUGAAGCCAAUGAGGAAGUGUCUUAAACCUGCAUUCUCUCUAACAGCCAGCAGGGGGCGACUCCUCUGGUUGUAUAGAAGUCUAUGAGGAAAAUGAG